UGACUGCUGCUAUGGACGCUUUAUGCCGCAAAGCAUGAGCGUGUUCACAUAACCUCUCUUUCAGUCCAUGCGGGUUUUUAAUAUACAUAAAGUUCCAACACAAUAAUGGUGCAGAGUAGAAUAUUCGCGCGGAAUCGUGCCCUCGGGUACGUCAGCAAUCACAUACCACUGGUCACUAGGUAUAUUCUCCGAAGGAAGGAGCACUUCAUCGUCACGUGCGUAGGCAAGGAAUUCCACACUUACGGAUGUUCACACUUUACUCUGUUGAGCGUGUCAGGGAUGCAUCCCGAUGACAUCACCUGCCUGGCUACCGACACGUUUCACGUGUACACAGCUAGUGCGAACAAUAUCUACGCGUGGCGUAGGGGAACGGAAUUGAGGCACACUUACAAGGGUCACGAUAGCACGGUCCACAUCCUGUUACCGUUCGGCGCUCACCUGCUGUCCGUCGACGAGAACAGCACCCUCAGGGUCUGGAACAUCAAGGACGAGAGUCUCCUGUUGGAGCUGACUUUCGGCAACAGCAUCUUCAAAAUAACGACAAUGAUGCACCCGAAUACUUACAUGAACAAGAUCCUGUUGGGCAGCGAGCAGGGUCAGCUGCAGCUGUGGAAUGUCAAGCAAAUGAGGAUGAUCUACGCGUUCAAAGGCUGGCAGAGCAGUGUGACAACGCUAGUGCAGGCACCCGCGAUAGACGUCGCAGCUGUGGGCUUGAACGAUGGUCGGAUCAUUCUGCAUAAUCUCAAGUACGACGAGACCCUGUUUGAGCUGGUCCAGAACUGGGGUCCAGUGAUAUCCAUCAGUUUCCGCACGGACGGUCACCCGAUCAUGGCAACAGGCAGCGUGGGUGGUCAGAUUGUAUUCUGGAACCUGGAGCAACGCAUGGUGGAGAGUCAGCUGUGCACUGCGCAUAACGCUGCUGUCACCAGUCUGAGAUACAUACCUAACGAGCCGCUGCUGGUGUCCUCCUCGCCUGACAAUUCCCUGAAACUGUGGAUAUUCGACAUGUCCGAUGGAGCUGGCAGACUGUUGAGAAUACGAGAAGGACAUGCCGAGCCACCAACGAUUGUUCGCUUCUACGGGAACGACGGUAACUACCUGUUGACCACGGGCGGUGACUCCUCAUUGCGGUUGUUCUCCACUGUCACGGAGAUACUGAACAAAAGCCUUGGUAGAGCCUCGUUCAAUCGGAAAGCGUCAAAGAGGAAAGGCCUCUCGGUCGGCGACCCGAUGAUAAUGCCACCGAUAACCGAGCUCGCGUCCGAAGUGACGCGGGAGAAGGAGUGGUGUAACAUCGCAGCCACGCAUUCUGGCUUGGGCGUAGUCACCACGUGGUCGACUCACCUACAAAAGAUGGGCGACCUUAAGUUGCUGCCCGAGAGAUUCAAGAACAAUUACAACGCCAGCGCGACCAGUCUAUGUCUGACGAAAUGUGGAAAUUUCGUUGUGAUCGGUUACAACACAGGUCACGUGGACAGAUUUAAUAUUCAAUCUGGGAUCCACAGAGCGUCCUACGGUGAUGAGAGCGGUGCUCAUGAGGGUGCUGUUAAGGGCAUCAUGGUUGACGAUUUGAUUCAAACCGUUAUCACUGCUGGCAAAGACGCAAAAAUCAAGUUUUGGGAUUUUAAGAAUGGGAGAGGUAUGACAACAGCAAGGACGAUAAUAACACUCGAAGAGUCGGUGGAAUGGAUACGAUGCCAUAAUGAAAGUUCCCUCGUAGCUGUAGCCUUAGAAAAUUUCGAUAUCGUAUUAGUGGAUGUAGAUACGAGAAGAAUAGUUCGUCAUUUCGAAGGACACGAGGGUCGAGUAACAGACGCGUGUUUCAAUCCUGAUUCUAGAUGGUUGAUCACAGCAUCCAUGGAUUGCACAAUCCGCACUUGGGAUAUACCAUCCUCACAUUUGAUAGAUAUAUUUCAGGUUCCUGAGGCUUGUAUAUCCUUAAAUUUCUCUGCGACGGGAGAGUUUCUUGCGACCGCGCAUGUAAACAACAUAGGAAUCUUCUUGUGGUCGAAUCGCACGCUGUACUCGCACGUAUCGUUGAAGGCCAUCAGUAAAGAUGACGUAAUACCUGAAGUAGGACUCCCUGGUUCUUCUGUAGAAGAUAAAGUCGACGAGGACGACAUCGUCGCUGCGGAACCGGAUUACGUGUCUCCUCAUCAACUGGACAGUGAUCUCGUAACUAUGUCGACUGUGGCACAGUCGAGAUGGCAGAAUCUACUCGACAUCGACAUCAUUAAGAAGAGGAAUAAGCCGAAGCAAGCUCCAAAGGUUUCCGAGGCCGCGCCGUUCUUCCUACCAACGAUCCCAACGUUGCAGUCGCUGCGUUUCGAUUUAUCGGACGUCGCCGACAAGACCGAAUCCUCGCACAUUCGUUCCAAGUCGAUCAACCCAGCAACCUUUACGACAUUCACGAAAUUCUUGAAAUCCACCACCACGACUGAUGAUUUCUCAGACGUGAUAGAGAAUCUGAAGACGAUGGGUCCUAGCGCUAUCGAUUUCGAGAUCCAAUCGCUGUCUCUGAGCGAGGAUCCCGAGUUGGUACUGCAAUUUAUGAAGAUGCUUCGUCACAUGAUGGAGAGACAGACCGAUUUCGAACUCUCGCAAGCAUACCUGGCCGUGUUCUUAAAGUGGCACGGUACGGCGAUAUCGGAAAGCAAGAUAUUGCGAGAUUAUCUGCGAGAGAUGCAAGAAGUACAAACGAAAAAUUGGCUCACGCUGCGAGAGAAAUUAUUUUAUAAUUUAAGUGUUGUACAGAGCCUGAAAAAGAUGUAACGUACGUAUGAACAAUAGUGCUGUGUAAAUAUUUAAUUAAAAUUACAUGAAGUUUCAUAUUUUA